AUGGCCAUAUCUGAUGUGGUGGCGCGGAACCUCACCACCAUCUUCCUUGCGCUAAUGGCCUCUUUUGAGGCCUACGGAUUUAUCUGCGGCCACAGCUUCAACGGCGCUUAUCUCCUCGUCGUCUCCACCGCCGCUGUCAUUCUCAUCCUCCUCACCACGCUCACGUGGGACGUAUCGCGCAAAGCAACCUGCGCCUUUCACCGCGACCACCGUGACAGCCGGGAGGUGUGCAAGGGAGGUAUCUGCUGGCACGGCGUGGCGCCCCGAUCGCCAGCUUCUCAGGUCCGUUUCAGACUCCCUCGCCAGCUUCCCUUAGCCCCUUUGUGA